CAGAGGCCAAUUUGCAAUCACACUGGAAAAAAGAAUGCAAAAAAGAUUACUAUAUUUUUUAUUUUCCGGAAAAGGAAGAAGCUAAAGCGAUAAAAAGAGGGGCUUAGAUAGAAAGAUAAGAAGAUCAUGAAAAAAACAAAAAUCUAGUCAAUUCCUUCAAUAUGGGGAACCAUAGAUUUCGGCUCUUGAUUCGUUACCUCCUUCUCUAAUACAAAUUUUUUUUUUUUUUUUUACACCUUUUUCUUUUAUACAAUCCAACCAAAAUUCCUUAAAAACCAUAGCCACAAGCUAUUCUUACCUUCUUCCCCAAGUCAGACCCCAAGAAUUUUUUUCUAUCAUACUUUUUUUUCUUUUUCCUGGUUCUGUCUCUCACCCUCAAGCUAGACAUUGAAUAGGAGUUUUUUUUUUUUUUUUUUUCUUUUCAUUUUGGAGAAAAUUGUUCAUAGUUAAAAUAUUCUCCAAUGCCCGGUCCAAAUGGGGUGUUUCUUCGUAAUUUUGUUAUCAUCUUGGUUUCAGCGUCGGUGUUCUCGCAAAAUUGGUUGGUUUUUGGGUCUGCUGUUCAGGAACAGAGCUUCAAAAGACCAGAUCCUCUGCGUUUCUUCAAGUACUACAAUGGAGACUUUGAUGUUCAAAAUAAGCAUUACUGGGCGUCUACGGCACUUACAGGAGUCCAUGGAUAUGCAAUUGCAGGAGUGUGGUUGCUAUGCGGGAUGGUAUUCGGGAUUUUCAUGACUUUCAAGCACCCAAACAUGAAGAGCUGGGCAAUAAGCGAAUUCCUGGAACAUUACUACAUCACAAUAUUCUGGCUUGUCCUCCUCUUUACGUUUCUCGCCCUAGUUUCGUCAAGUUUGGUGCUGUCAGCAAACCAGGAUUCCUUAAAGAAGAUGGAAAAUUUGAGGGAAAGCAUUGAGAAUGUAGGUAAAGAUGCUCGGCGAACCAUCAGAAAAGUUGUGGAAGCAAUGACAACAAUGGAGAGUCUUUUGGUCCCUUAUAAUUCAGACAUGGCUAAAGUCUUGCGUGUCACAAGCCAUCAACUUGGGAAGGCAUCGCUACUCAUCCAAAGUGUUGUUCACAACAUUGGGGCUUCCAUUCACAAGGCAAUUCAAACUUCAUAUAUAGCACAUCUUGUGGUUGUAAUCUUCAACUUGGUUUUAGUGGUUGCAGCAUUAGUUCUGAUCCUGACGCAUUGGUAUCCAGGAUUUGUUAUUAUAAUUUUCCUGUGCUGGAUCUUAACGACCUUUGGCUGGGUUUUGACUGGCUUUGAUUUCUUCUUCCACAAUUUUAUUGAAGAUACAUGUGCUGCACUUGAAGAUGUUAAACUCAACCCCCAGAACAAUAGUCUCAGCUCGGUGCUACCUUGCAUGGAUCCCUCAUACUCGCAGAAGAUAAUGGUUCAAAUUGGCUCCACCGUCCAUAUUUUUAUAUCUCAGUUGAAUUCUAAAGCAGAAGACUUCUAUAAGAUGUUUGGAUUAGAUGAGCAGAAUGAGAACUUAUAUGGAGUUAUCCAAAUAUGCAAUCCUUUCAAAGGACCACCUGAGUACAGCUAUGUGCCAGAAGGCUGCCCAAAGAAUUCUAUUCCAAUAAGCCAGAUACCAAAUAUCCUUGCAAGCUUCACUUGUUUUGAUGAAGAGAAUAAUAUUAAUGAAGGAUGCAAAAGUAGUGGAAGAGUAAUUCCUGAAGCCUCUUACAACAUGGCCAGAGAUUACAGUGAAGCAAUCCAGGAUCUGCUAGAUAUAUAUCCGGAGUUGAAGAGCCUCACAGAAUGCAAAUUAGUAAAACAAUUUUCUAAUGUGGUUUUGCAACAAUGCAAGUCCAUCAGGGCUGCAAUUCGAUGGCUAUGGGUGUUGAUGCUUUUUCUUUCCAUUUCCAUGGUGGCUUUGGUAUUGACUUGGGUUGCAAAAGCUUUCCAAGAUAGGGGAAGAUCCUUCUCUAUGUGUUCCAUCAGCCCUGGAUAGUAAGUAUCAUAUACAUAUAGUUCACAGGAGAAAAGAGAAAAGAAGAAGAAGGCAGGAAAUUUUUCAUUAUUAGGAAAGUUGAAAAGGGAAAUUUUAAUUUUUUACAUACAUUUUUUUCAAAAUAUAUUUAAUAAAACUAAAAAAGAAUGUAAUCUGUACAUAUCUAUGCGUACACGUGCACACAAAUAUAUAUUUGGAUGUAGAUUAAUAUACCCUAUGGUUGUCGUAAGACAUUUAUUUAGCCAUGGAGGUGGAGUGUAAUUAAAUGAAAGGAAAUUAAUAAUAUGGAAAAUCACUGUGCAACUUCUGUUUA